UUAUUUUGACAAAAUGGUGAGAUUGUGAAAAUGAUAUGGGCUGGCUAUUGCUAGCUAAGAGCCAUCUCAUACUUUUCGCAGUCAGUCAGACACAGAUAGAUAAAAUAGAUAAAAUUCUUUCUCUCUUUAUCUAUUGUUCGUUAAUGGCGGUCUCAUCCCACUUCUUCUUCAUUUACUAACAACAUCAUCACCAUUACACAGAGAGAGAGAGAGAGAGAGAGAGAGAGAGAGGUAAAAAGGGUAAUGGGUCACCAUCACCACCACCACAGCUCCAGCGAUGGCAUAUCGCAGAGAGUCAGUAGUCCUCGUUUCUCGGGUCCAAUGACUCGCCGAGCCCACUCGUUCAAGCGCAACAACAACAGUGAAAACAACAUCAACAACAAUAGCACUAGCAAUAGCAACAACAAUAGUGGUACUAGUGGCGGUAGUGCUAACACCACUACUACCUUGCGUACCCACCAUGAAAUUGAUGUCCAUCUCAGCUCACCCAGAUCCGAGAUGGGCACCAGCCCGGUUUCCCUUGAUGGGUUUGACUCCACUUCUUCAGUUUUGGAAAGGAAGCACCUCCAUGUGAGUCACAGAGUAAACAUUCAUGGGAGUAGUGCUAGUAGUGUCAUCAAGGGGUUCUUGCUAAACAAAUCUGGGGUGGUGGAGUUGGGUUUUAGAGAAAAGAAGAAACUUGGGCAUUGGAUGUUCUUCUUGUUCUGUGGGAUGUGUGUCUUUCUGGGUCUUCUCAAGAUUUGUGCUACUGGUUGGUUUGGAUCUGCCAUUGAAAGUGCCACCUCUAAUCAGGAUUCAAUUGACUCCAUCACUGGUGGAAAUCUAAUAGAUCAAAGCUCUCAUGAAUAUGGAUAUAGGGAGGGAGGAAUUGAAGUCGAACGCACUCUAAUGACGGUAUCAUCAGGUGUAUUCAGCACUCAAAACGGCAUUGCUGAAUUCUCAAGUAUCUGGUCCAAACCCAAUAGUGAGAAUUUCACCCAAUGCAUCCACCGGACAAGAAAUCACAAAAAGCCAGAUGCGAAGACAAAUGGUUAUAUUAUUGUAAAUGCCAAUGGUGGCUUGAAUCAGAUGAGAUUUGGGAUUUGUGAUAUGGUUGCUGUUGCAAAGAUUAUGAAGGCCACACUUGUCCUCCCUUCACUUGAUCAUACCUCCUACUGGGCUGAUGAGAGUGGCUUUAAGGAUCUGUUUGAUUGGCAACACUUCAUUGAGACUUUGAAGGAUGAUAUCCACAUAGUUGAGAGAUUGCCACAUUCUUAUGUUGGGAUUGAGCCUUUCAACAAAACACCAAUAUCCUGGUCUAAGGUUACUUAUUAUAAGACCGAGGUUCUCCCACUUUUGAAGCAGCACAAAGUAAUCUAUUUAACCCAUACUGAUUCUCGGCUUGCUAACAAUGAGAUCCCAAGUUCCAUACAGAAGCUGAGGUGCCGUGCAAAUUACGAGGCAUUAAAAUAUGCGGCUCCAAUAGAAGCCCAUGGAAACUCCUUGGUUUCUAGAAUGCGACAGAAUGGAAGUCCAUAUCUUGCUCUCCAUUUGAGGUAUGAGAAGGAUAUGCUUGCAUUUACAGGAUGCAGUCAUAAUUUGACUGUAGAAGAAGAUGAGGAGCUACGGAGGAUGCGGUAUGAAGUCAGCCACUGGAAGGAGAAAGAGAUUAAUGGGACAGAAAGAAGGUUGCUUGGUGGCUGCCCAUUGACUCCUAGGGAGACAUCUCUUUUGCUUAGGGGUCUUGGUUUUCCAUCCAGCACCAGGAUUUACUUGGUAGCUGGUGAAGCUUAUGGUAAUGGAACUAUGCAAUAUCUUGAGGAUGACUUCCCCUACAUCUUCUCCCAUUCCACUCUCUCUAGAGAGGAAGAGUUGAGUCCUUUCAAGAAUCACCAAAACAUGCUGGCUGGUAUAGAUUAUGUUGUUGCCCUCCAGAGUGAUGUGUUUGUUUAUACUUAUGAUGGCAAUAUGGCAAAGGCAGUUCAAGGUCAUAGGCGCUUUGAGCACUUUAAGAAGACAAUCAAUCCUGACAAGAUGCAUUUCGUAAACCUUGUUGAUGAGCUUGACGAAGGAAAAAUCUCCUGGAAGAAAUUUAGUUCCAAAGUCAAAAAGCUUCACAAAGACCAUGAUGGAGCACCGUACUUUAGGGAAUCUGGAGAGUUUCCAAAGUUGGAGGAAAGUUUUUAUGCGAAUCCCCUUCCAGGAUGUAUUUGUGAAACAAGAAAUAAAAAAUAAAAGCUAAAUCAACAGAUUUUGUCAUCAUGUUUCACUGUGUUCAGCUGCAUGCAAAAGAGAUCAAAUGGCAUGCUGCCGUUACUUCAGCUUUAUUGUCUUCGGGAACAACAGUCUUAAAUUUCCAAAAUCAGGAGAGAAUCAGCUUGUUAGAUAGAAGACGCUCCUACUUAUAUGAGGAAAAAUCCUUGGUUUAGAUAGAACUGAUACAAUGAAUUCUGAUCGCAGACAAUAGCAAGGGCGACUGUGGACAGGUCAGAUUUAUAUUUCUCAAGAUAUAAAAAUUUAAAAGGGAAACAUUUAUACAAUGUAUUGAAACUUCUCUCAAUCUCUAUCACACCACACGCUUCAAAAAACAAUUGAAAUUUCCUUUUUUUUUGGGGGGUGGGGAUGGGGGACUUGGGGAGUAGCGAUAGCUUGCAUAUACUCCGAUUUUGUAACUUGGAUAAUUAAUGGGAUACAAGUGAAUACUGAAUGGAUUGAUUAUUUCAAGAUAUCAAUAAUAAGAAAAAUGUGAUUUUAAAGCUUUCA